AUGAAGAGGCCCGAUGAUAUCGGCAAUGAUGGAGGGAGGUCAGUCAGCUCCGCUUGCCAUGACACAGCAUGGUGUGACACUGGUGAGUGGCUGAGGAUGAAUGAUGAUCAUGAGUGGUUCGAGGAUGCCAAGACCCAAAGUGGCGGACCACUGGGCGUGGAUCAAAUAUCCGAUGAUGUCACUGAGCAUCCAUUGGUCCCCUUGAGUAAAUAA